GCGAAAUGGUCCAAGAUGAGAUAUAUAUCCAAGCGCCGGCAGACUUCCACGUCCACGUCCGUCAAGGUGAAAUGAUGGAAUUGGUAGUUCCUCACGUCUAUGCCGGUGGUAUACGUACGGCCUAUGUCAUGCCAAACACCAUACCACCCAUAACUACAACUCAAGCCGCUUUAAACUACCGAGAACAACUUGAGAAAUUAGCACCAGAGGUGGAAUGGCUCAUGACCCUUUAUUUACAUCCUGAUGUCACACCUGAAGAGAUAAGAAAAGCUUCUAAAGCUGGUAUAAAAGGCGUAAAAUCUUACCCUAAAGGAGUGACCACAAAUUCCGGUUCUGGUAUUGAAAGUUAUGACGUUUAUUAUCCUGUUUUCAAAGUCAUGGAAGAAGAGAAUAUGGUUUUGAAUUUACAUGGAGAAGUACCUAGUGAUCCUGAAAAGAACAUCUCAACGCUCAAUUCUGAAAAACAUUUCCUUUCUCACCUAAUCAAACUUUCUCAAGAUUUCCCUUCCCUUCGUAUAGUCUUAGAACACGCCACAACAUCCGAAGCUGUUUCUACAGUUUUAUCACUUCCUUCAACGAUCGGAUGUAGUAUAACAGCACAUCAUUUAUUUUUAACGAUAGAUGAUGUAGCACCUCAACCAUUCCAUUUUUGUAAACCUAUAGCAAAAGAACCUGUGGAUAGAAAAGCUUUGAGGGAUGUUGUUAAAAGUGGAAAUGAGAAAUUUUUCUUAGGAAGUGAUUCUGCUCCACAUCCUUUAUUAGCUAAAAUACCCGCUUUGGCUUUCGCUUCUCGAUUGAACACCACACUAGAUGUUUCAUCGAAUAUGGAAGUUUCAUCGAUUAUUCCUACUACUUCAUCGCGUCACAAAUCUGUUCGGAAUGAAAAAAAUAUCGAGAAGAAAGAUAUCCGAGUUGUACGUGAAGAGAAUCAUCAAGGACAUGGGGAGCAUGAUGGGUUUAAAGAAGAAGAAGAAGAAGAAAGAAGGGAACAUCCAUCAUGCGCAGCGGGAGUUUACACAAGUAAAUAUCUCAUACCUGUCGUAGCUACACUUUUAGAAAGUUUCGGAGCUUUGGAUCAAUUGGAAAAAUUCGUAAGUUUGAACGGAAGGAAGUUUUAUGAGGUUCCUAUUAACGAAGAAAAAAGUUUAAAUGGGAAUCACAAUGAGGUGAAAUUGAAAAGAAGUGAAUUUAAAGUACCCAGUAUGAUCAGAGGGGAGAAUGUUGAGGUGAUCCCUUUUUGGGCUGGGAAACAAUUAAGUUGGGAAAUCGUUUCGUAGAAGCCGUAGAUCAAUACAAUUCCUCAAAUUCUCAAAAUCUCAAAAUUUCAAAUCCUCAUAUCAUCUUUUAGAUGGAACGAGUGAGAGUAAAGUUUCAAAUUGAGUAUAACAGUUAGUCACCAGAUGAUACUCGCAAUCAUAUGAAUUUUAUCUUUUUCUAUUAUAGUAGUUGAAGAAGGUAUAUAUAUGCAUCUUAUUUCUAUUC